CCAACGCGACAUGGAUACUACUACUGCUGAGGAGGAAAUAGCUUGGUAUAACAGAGGUAUUUUUAAAUGGUUCUCGUUUACACCAGAAAUGGUGCAAAAAUUUUCUAUCGAUCCGAAAAGUAGUUGUAUAGUUCGCAAAGAAUUAAAAAUGAAACUUGCACUGGAGAAUGUAUCAGGGGUGUGUAAAACGUGUGGGUGGAAAUCAAAAGUUGCCUUUGGCAAUCCCUCGAAUUGGGUGCGUCAUCUCUUGAAACAUCCCGAUGUUCAUACGAAAUAUAAGCAAUCAGUAGCCAACAAAAGGAAACGAGACCGAUCCCCUACAUCUACUUUUUUCCCUAAUAGACAAGCUAAGAAAUCUAAACAAGAAGGUAUUGUGAGUGCUUUUCAGCCAUCUAAUAUUGCCAAGAAGAAAGAAUUAAGUACAGAGAAAAAGAAACUUCCUCACGAUAUUCAAGAAAAUAUCAAUCUAAAAAUCUUACAUUACAUUGUUGCUGAAGCCCGACCUCUUAUCACCGUUGAGAGUGUUCAUUUUAUCAAUCUUCUUAAAGAGAUUGACCCCAGAGUAGAAGUGUUUUGCGUUAGAACUUUGAAAAAAUUAAUCGCAAAAAAAUUUUUCGAAUUUAAAGAAAAUUUGAAAAAAGAGUUUGGUGUUGCCAGUUCCGUGUGCUUAACAGCCGACUUGUGGGGCUCAAACAACAGAAGUUUUCUGGGAGUCACAGCCCACUGGCUAGUUUCCGACGAACAUGGAGCUAUGAUACGCAAGUCAGCUGCUAUUUCUUGUAGAAGAUUCUCAGGAACUCACAAUUUUGAGAACAUAGCAAAAAACCUGGAUGAUAUUAUCGAGGAAUUUGCCUUGCAUGGCAAAGUAUCUCAUAUAGUUACGGACAAUGGCUCAAACUUCGUUAAAGCCUUUAAAGAAUUCUCAGUAAUUUUCAAAAUUGUUCAAUAG